AGUGCCUCGCUGCAACCCGCUUGUCACAAUCUGGUGGUUUGCUUGCCUCUCCCUUGGAACAUACUCUCACUUGUGCAGUGCCUUCUGGGAACAUCAACCCGUCAAGUUCAGUCUGGAACCUGGAGUUCUGGGUUGACAGGAGCAUCAACGCCAUGGCAUCCCAUCCUUUUCUGUCCCUCCUAAUCACCCUUCUUCUCUCCGUGGUACAGGUGCGAGCUGCCUGCUACUACCCAGACGGCAGCAUCGCUCCCAACGAUACACCAUGCCAGGACCUAACGGCCGAGUCGACGUGCUGCGGGCAGGGCUACGCGUGCCUCUCGAACGCCAUGUGCGAGGCAACGGGCAAAGAGUUAUCCAAGGACGGAGCGACAGAGCUCGUGAGAGGCUCGUGUACUGACCGGUCCUGGCGGAGCUCGAGUUGUCCUCUGUUCUGCAUCAACCCGGAGACGGAUAACGUGGGGGGCGGCAUCGGGGUUGCAAAGUGUGAGGGGACGGCGGAGGAGUUGUAUUAUUGUAUCAACUCGGUCAUGGACACGGUUAAUUGCACGGCCAAAAAGAAUGUCCUAUUUUUCCAGCAAUCACCAACAGCAAUCACAACCAUCGGCGUAGCAGCCACACCAACUCCAUCAUCAUCGUCAACAACAUCCGAGUCGACUUUAGUCGCCACAACCGUUAUUAAAAGCACUUCUGCCGAUCCUUCGGAUACUCCAAACCCGAGCUCGGUAGCAUUAAGUAGCGUAACUCAAGGUUCAACACAAAGUCCUACAAGCGGUCUCGAAACCAACCCUACCACGGAGCCAGAGGCAACAAAUGACAAGACAGUCAUCAUCGGCGCGGCUGUUGGGGCUUCCGUAGGUGGUCUAGCACUCGGGAUCCUCGCGGCAUGGCUGUUCAUCUUUCUCCGUCGACGAAAGCGCCGUACCCGAGAAGAGGCAGCCCAAACACAGGUGCAAUACUACACGCCGGGGCCGCCGCCUGCUCGAUACGUCAGUCCGCCUGUAUUUGAUCAAGUUCACGAAGCGCCUAACGAGUGGAAACCUCCUUUGGUGUCGGACCACUUUGCUCCUCAGGAGCUGCCUGGGUGGUCACCAGAGCCUCGGAGAAGCUGAUCUGCGUAAUCGCGACGACUUUUUCCUAUGUAGUCUUCACCUUAUGAUAGCAUGUAAUGAUACCACAGUCGGCUUCGGUAGAUAGACAUCUCGUAAUGAUA